AUGAACUCCAUCUCCUCGCCUUAUCAGCAAAUCAAUUAUCAAAUCUAUACUGCUACCACUACAUCUACUAUUAGCAACUCUCUUAAACGUAAACGUAUCAUGAAAUCUGUUCAUUUCGCCGAAAGAGCUAUUGUUCUGGAAACAUACUCUUCAGACGAAUAUGAUCGCUCUGACAUCUUUUCAGCGCCUGUACUUUAUAAAUUAAAUCCAACCAUACAACCUCCUAAAUUAUCAUUAAACAUUGAUAAUGUGCCAAACUUGGUUCGAGAUUCUGAAGAUGAGGAAUGCAAUUUCUCUAGUGCAGAGAAUAGCCCCAAUACACCUCCACCUUGCAAUUCAAUCUCUAACGCAUCAAAGAGCAUUGCUGACCACUACUUUCAGCAACAACAACAACAGCAGCAGGGAAUGAAGAAAAAGAAGCGCCCGCUCCUCACAGUCAAUACAACCAUGUGUGCAGAUCCCUUGUUCUUUACAAGUUUAACGACAAAUUACAAGAAUGAAAGCACAACAGCAAAUAACGAUUUUUUAGUACCUGUCUCUGCUAUUGAUAUAUAA